CCAAGGGUCACGUGGAGAUAAGCUAGCGCAAUCUUACCCCCAAGACUUCGACGCGCCGCGCCAAACCAAACUAUCAGCGACUGACCCAUGCGAUUUGAGAAUCGUGGAUCAAACUGCAAGCACCCACGGUAUCUCUAAAACCAGCCAAUUAUCGAUAUAGAGGUCAUUGAGGCCUUUCAGACGCUGGGUGGAAGCGCCUACCCGUGGGUAUCUUUCGUGACUGCACGACAUUUAACACAGCUCGACGACAAGGGACCUUUCCCCCUUCUUCGCGACUGCGAAUUUCGUAUUCUGUUUUCAUCUACCCGCGCACAAUCAGUUCACCGCACGAUCUCUUAAUAUGGCGCCCGUUCGCAAUGAGGUGCCGCCGCACACGAUAGAUCGCACGCCCGAAUACGAGGACUUUAUGUCGCGACUCCGUGACUAUCAUGCCAAGCGAGGAACGACACUUGACCCAGAGCCCAAGGUCGGCGCAACGCAUGUUGACUUGUUCAAGGUCUUCAAUCACGUCGUGGAAAGUGGUGGUUAUGACAAGAUCUCGGAGGAGAAGCUUGCAUGGCGACGUAUGGCGUCAGAGCUGGGCAUAUAUUCUAACAAUGAAGCCUCCACUGCCUUCUCGUUGAAGGAGAAGUUCUACAAAAACUUGGCUGCGUUUGAGAUCAGCACAGUACAUGGAAAGGAACCUCCACCAAAGGAUAUUCUGGAGGACGUGACGGCUAAAGGCGCUGGCUUGUUGUCACGCACAAGGGAAAAUUUCUGGGGGAAGAAAAGAGAGAGCAACGUUGGUGCCACAGACUCAGCGGCCUCGGGAGACGAUGGUACACCCGUCCGCGAGCGACCUGUGCCAGACACUGCUGCCAGUGCGCGUGCAUCCAGAGGACUGCGUGAGGCACCUCCUCAGCGUGUCAUCUUUCAACCGGAUACUGGACCUUCACGAACAACCCGACAUUCUUCUGCUCACCAUGCGAGCAGUACCAACUCACCAGCCGCCAACCCUCCUCAGACCCCCUCGCAUCACCCAAACAUGCACAUACCUCAGCAGCACCAACAACAACAGAAUUACCAGGGAAAUCGAGGUCCCUCAGUUCUUCACCAUCCCACUAACUCUGAGAAUACAUCCAACUUGGUCACUGCCUAUCAGCCGCGAUUUUCUAAACCUCUAACACUGCGCGCAGUGCCAACCCCGAGCAAUGCGCCCACCGAGUUUCAGAAGCCACGCCAAACUCCGCGCAUUGACCCUCGUCAACCGAUGCAACCCGGCACCGGUUUCGAUGGCCCUAACAUUUACAUGAGGUGUUUGAACGCUUUGCGAUCAGAUAUUCCUGCUGAACAAGCCUUUGCGCUCAGUCAUCUGGUGAAAAUAUCGUUUGAGCGAGGUGAUAAGUACAAGUUCGAUUCAUUCCCAGGUCUGGCCGAAGGUCUAGUUGACAAAGCCCUUGAGGUGGGACAUCUGUUCUACCACGUUAACUGGAGUAUAUCUUGGAACCUUCCAUAUGACUCUAGUGACCCGAGCGCCCUCGAUGGAAAUUAUGGGACAAAAGAUAUCUUGGAGCGUAUCGAAAACCUGAUCGAGAAGGAUGUACCCGACAUUCUGCAAACUGAGUCAUACGCGGACAAUAUGGUGCUGAUCACUGAAGCUGUCCUGACGUUGCGGAACAUGGUCACCUUGCCGGAAAAUGCUCACAACAUAUCAGACUUCCCUCCCGUCAAGGAUCUCAUUUGUAUCAUUCUGAACCUACCGCAGAAGGAUUCUCUUGUGGAACUGAAACAUCUUGCCCUGGACAUUGCCGAGCAGUUGACGCCGUUCAUGACAUUGGAGUCAGACGACCCUAUGUAUAGGACAUUGUUGGAGCAGUUGACGUCUGAUGACCGUGGUAUCAUUUUGACGUCUCUUCGGGCGCUCGGCCGCAUCUCCAUGAAUCUCGAGGCUACUAACAAGCUAAGCAAUGUUCCUGGGCAAGUGCUCCAGUGCCUUUCCAGUUGGCUUUUGCUCAACGAUGAUGAGCUUAUCGACGCGUGUCUCGAUUUCCUCUAUCAGUACACUGCUGUUGUGCCCAACGUGGACACCUUGGUCCGGUCUUUGACACCAGAAAACCUCAUUGACCAUCUUGCACGCCUCCUAGCUCAUGGUGCUCGUAAGACACAACGCGAGUUUGUUCUUGUACCCGAGCAAAGAAUUCCCGCUCGUGACCAGAUUGCUCCUAUGCCUGAAGAUCUUCUUCAGGAGAUGCUCAAGCUUGAAGAGCCAGAUCGUGUUCACCGUUGGGUUCGCUGCUUCUUUGAGGAGGACAAUAACUCUUUUGUGACACAACUAGCCGCCUGGCAGGCCUACCAAAACGCAUUUGUCGCACCACUUAAGGUCAUCAAUCAGCCUCUUAUCACACCUGCCGACUUCAUCCGGAACAGUACGUCUGUAUAUAAGGAUUCAAAUGCGCAGGUUCUUAGAGAGCCUGGCGAUCCGCAACAAAAGUUCAUCAUCCACGGUAUCCGUGCAAGACCAAAACCUCUUGGCUUGGAUGGCAAGGAGUACGGGCGAUGCCUUUGGGCCUCAAAUCCAAACAAUAAGCUUGAGAAAUGUGGUCACUUUUACAUUCAGCCUGAAAAGCUUUGGGAGCACAUCCUCGUGGACCAUCUAGGAGAGAAGCGAAAUGAAGGGGGGCAAUUCGACAACGUCGAGAAGGAAUACAUUUGUACCUGGGAUCAGUGCUCCCGCUAUCCCAAGUCCACGAAAAUGCGCCUUCAGGAUUUUGCGAGACACAUCAACACGCAUAUCUCUUCAACAUUGCCCAACGACGCGCUCAGUCGAAAGCCCGACCGUUCAUGGAUUAUUCCUGCCAAUACUAUGGCUGUGACCUUCGAGGAAACUGCAACAGCACGGGACGAGCGAAACCCAAACCUCCCGCCCCAGGCAGCUGGUAUUCCACUCAGCGCUGCGUUAGUGCUAAGAAACAUUGCUCGCAAUGUGGUCAAAACGGAGGCUGAGGAAGAGAUGGUCAAGAAACAAGAGAAAGUGGGUGAAAUAGGAGGCUGGAACGAGGUUCUUUUCCGCCCUCUGUUACCGCGACUGUUUGAGAUCCUUGCAGAGAACAGGGCCUUGAGCCCUUACAUUGCAUCACUCCUUGAUCUGGUCCAUAUUGAGAAUUACGAUCAGGGCCGAUGAUGCAGUUUCGCAGGAUGGCGUAAUGGAAAAAGACGGGGCGUUGUCACGACAUGCUUUCAAGCAACCUCGUGUUGAGGAGGCAUUGUUCGCAGUGAUUUACACAGGCUUCCUCGCAUGAGUGAAACCUGGUGGGGAUCAGAAUGGCAUGUGUUGUUUUACACGGAUUACUUGUAUUAAUACCCUGCCCGUGGGCGUUCUGGGCUGGCUGGUUUUGGAUGAGCGGUAGAUCUUUGAACUCGAAGACUAAGAACAUUAACAGUAUGCAUUCUGCAGAAUUGUAUAGCAUCUUUGUCGA